CUUUCUGCUUUCUGCUGCUCUUCCUCUUCGCUCGAUUCUCCUCCUGCGAAGCCCUCAUCGUCACGCUCAAAUCUGCGCCUUUUCUCACCAACUUCAGCCAGCUCAGACGACAUCUUUGUGCCGUUUUGUCCACUCCAUCAUAUACCAGCGCGUUUGUCGGUCUCUUUUGUCUUCUACUUCAAUUAUUAUGCGACAUGUAGACUCUACCUCGGUCUCUAGAACAAUUCGCUCCCUCAGCGGUCAUUGACUGCGCUCAGUCACUCCUUCACCGACUUCGAGAAGAGCUCGUCUUCGAUCCUCUGUCCUGAAAGAAUUCACUCUCGGCAUGGACUCACAGUCCCCAAACGCUCCUUACGCUGUUCCUCCUCCUUUCUCUCCUCCUCUGACCGCUAAGCGCUCCUCUACCGACACCCACAAACCCGCUUCAAUCGACAUGGACUUAAUGAGGUCGGAAGAGCGCUCAACAAGGGCUGCCAGUGUGCUGUCUGGUAUGUCCGCCGAAGAUAUGGAGGCUGCUGAAACACUCAAUAGCCUACACCAAAAAUAUCAUUCUCCCCGACCGUCUCAGCCUGCUCCUACUCUUGUCCAGACCCAAACAACCUUCGGCGCCGAUCAGUCCGAACCUCUCCUCCGCCUGUUCACCAGUCAAUACCCGCUGGCCGGAAGUCUGAUCAAUGGUUCACUCUCGGCUUACAAGACCACGCAAUCAUACAUUCCGGGCGCAGAAUGGACGGAGAGAAAUGUGGGGCUGCCAAUUGCUGGCACGGUAGCCAGAAUCUCAGGAGUCGAGGGAGGACUGCGAUGGGCACUACAACCGAAGCGCGACAGCCGAUCUUCGACGGGCGCACCGCAAACUCCAGAUGUCGAGAAAGGCUAUGCAGAUAUCGCCCCCGUUGGCACGCGACGGUCCGGCUCGGAAAUGGCAUACACCGAGACUCUUCCUGCCUACAACCCUGGCGACCGCUCCCCCCCAUAUAGCGAGACUCAAGUCGUGCUACAGUCUCGCGAACGCCAGGCACCUCCAAAUUGGCGACAGCAACUUGUCAUAUCUACCAGCGGCCUUGGCAUUGCUAUGAGCGAUGAAUCCAUCCGGAGCCUGCGGUACUGUCUCAGCUGGCUACGUUGGGCUAAUGGUAGACUCGGCGAGGCCAUACAGAACAUCAAGGACCUACUGGAGCGAUGGGACGAAGGGGUCACGCCUGGUGAGCAAGCCUCACCCAUGUCAGUCGCCAGCAUGACCCAGUCGCAACAAGAACAGCGGCAAGCUGCCUUGUCGGCGCGUAUUGGUGCCUUGAAGGUCGAUGUCCUCCAAACACUUAAGCACGUGGUGGGAAUCGUGUCCAACUACGCUGGUGGCGCCCUGCCUCAGAAUGCGCGGGAUCUCGUCCACCGACAUCUGAUCAGUUUACCCCAGCGAUUCACCAUGGCCAAUAUGUCGAGCAAUGAUGAACCAUCCAGCGCGGACGGAAACACAUCCGAAGCAGCCAAGAGCGGGAAGCGAGUCAUGGUUCUUGCGCAAGAGGGCCUCGAUAUGAUGACGCAGGUCAGUCGCGUUGUAAAUGACACGCUCGUUAGUGCGGAGGGGUGGUGCGAACGGCUUGGAAGGAGACCGGACAGCCAGGGUCAACAACAGCAAUUGGGGCAGCCUGCUGGUGGUGAUGAGAAGAUGGACCACGACCAUGACCACGACAGGGGACGCGAAAGGAGUGAAACAAUUGCGCCGAGCGAGGGUGGCGCAGAUAGAGCGCAGGAGAAAGACGAUGUGCAUAUGCAGAUGUGACUGUAACAACACCAAUAAUGGGGAGGCCGAUGACGAACUGGUAGAUAUUACUUCGAUCUAGAUAUGCGCGUCGCGCGGCUGGGCUGAACUGGGAGGGGAGCGGGCUUAACGACAUCACGUUGGGACAGGAGACCACCACAGGGACGGAUUUCUUUCGUCUAUGGCUGUCUGGCUGCUUGACGGUGGAGAUGCGUUGAAGGUCUCAAAAAGCUGUCGUUUUCGAAAAGAGGCCACUAUGAUUUAUGCGCUUGAGCGUUCUUUUCUUUUCGCAGAAUAGGAUGCAAGAUGGAGGAGAUCCGGGCUGUAAAGAAUGAAAAACAAGAACGACUUCUUGAAAGCUGAACUUGGUCGCCUUUCAAAACAAAUAUAUUUUUCUAGCCUUUGCCAGCCUGGCAAUGUGAAGCCACCCAGAAACUAG